GCAGUCUCUUUUGGGAUGGCUUCUGUUUGGUGUCUGGUUCGAAGGGUUCUUUGUAUAACACAAAAGCGCAGCUCCAUCAAUUGCGAACAGACCAGGCUCACACAAAGGCUGUCAAGGCUAUUGCGCGCCGCCUGCAUGCAACUGCCGAACAGCUUGCAAAUAAUUGUUUCCGUUUUAUUUCUAGCUGACGCCGACGCUGCUGCCCUCUCACAUAGCCAGGGUAUAAAAGGCGAGCGCCUCAACACACUCUUGCCUCCCACCUACACUCCAUUUUUCAGAACUCUAUUUUUCAUCCUUUUUGGCAUACUUCACUCCCACCUCCACUCCUUGGCUCUACCAGAUUCUCGCUUUGCACUGCGCACCGACCUUCACACACAUAUAGAUUCUUUUUGCACCCAUACCCGCACACAUAGCACCCACGGACUCGCCCAUGGACACCUUGCAAGCGUCGCCUGGCGGGAGCACAGAAGCCAUAUCGCCAGCCUUGUCACCUCCGGCAGCAGUCUCGUUCACUGGCAGUGCCUCUGGUGUCUGUUUGGGCGAUCCCAGACAGCCAGCUAGUGCACGCGUGCCGCCUGAAGUGCUUGAGGAGAUUUUCGGCCUGCUUCAGCCCCACCAGAAGGCCCUUCACUCAUGCAUGCUGACCUGCCGUCUUUGGAAGGAGCUGGUCACCCCUCUUCUCUGGCGGCGCCCGCAAUUUGCGCGACUGUCGCAGGUCAUUAAAUUCGCCUCCACGCUGUCUGCCACUGCCCAAGGCCGUGCCACGAGUCAUUAUACGCGGCUCGUCCACUCUCUCUCCUUCAGCAGACUGGCAGAGGCCGACAGGAAUCACCCAAAGCUGGCUGGUUCGAUUGGCACGAUCAUACAUCAUCUGGUUGCUGUUGUGGCACCCGCAGCAGGCCCGUGUGGAACGGGCGAUGGGCAGUUCUGCAGCGGUCCGCUGACAGCGCUCAAGCGGUCGAAGAGCCUCUCGCGCAAUGAUGAGGAGUCUGCACGGCCAUAUUCAGCGAUUGAAAUGUCGACAGAGCCCAGUGCCACCAGUGUGUACCAUUCGGCUGCAGCUGAGAUCCCUGUAGCCAGUGACACAGCUGAUUCUAAUGAUGACAGCGAAUAUCGGGUGGCGUAUACACCGGCUGGAACAGAUCCACUAGACCUGCAGGACCCGCAAUGGCAACUCCCCAAGGCGGCCAGCGGAUUCGGGCCAUUGUCAAAAAGUAGUCUACUGCUGGACGUAUCGCUGCCCGCUGCUGACGACACCCAUUUGAGCUACUCGGGCGCAUCCACCAGCUACCAUAAACGUAGCAUGCGGAACUCGAUGCGCGGACCGCGGCACAGCGAUGGGCUGUCUACUGACCACUACACCUCGUCAUUGCGGCACCUUGACUUGUGCUUUUGCAAAGGUGUACGCAACUACUCGCUCCAACGGCUGGCCCCCAGGCUCUCAUCCCUAACUAGCCUGAACCUGGCUGGUGGUCUGCGCAGCGAUAUCACUAUGGCCAAGCUGUCCCAGCACUUGACUGGUCUGCGGCGGAUCUCACUUGCGUGGACAGCACAUCUGACUGAUUUCGGUGUCGGCGAGCUCGCCCAGCACUGUCCCAGGCUUGAAGUCAUUGAUUUAACACACUGCACACAAAUCGAGGACACGUCGCUGACAGCUAUCGCCUAUAAUCUAAAGGCGCUGAAGGCUCUGAGCGUCGCAUAUUGUACUGGCAUCACUGAUAUCGGCGUCCGCGAAGUGGCAACAAAGUGCACCAAGAUCAGUGUUCUGAAUGUCAUGAAAUGCGUGCGGGUAAGCGACGUGAUGCGCAAAACACUCUCUAACCAGUCUAUCAUUUGCGAAUGCACCGUGGCAGAGCCAUUUUCGAUUGAUACACAGCUCUCAAGAUAGACAACUGCAUACUUAUACUCAGCAAUAUACUACCAUUUGACUUUGCUUCAUG